ACCAAGAAAGAAAGAAGGAAAGAAAUAGCUCAGCCUAUGGAGUUCGAAUGAAACUCUCGCUUUCCGUUGGUGGACGACAAACAGGCGAUCUCUGGUGCUGCCUUGGUUCUACGUCUUUCUGAAACCCUAAAUACAGAAGAUAAGAGAAAACCCCAUAGCGCAUAGUUGGUUGUCAAUCUCUGGGAGAACGGAAGCGGCGUAAAUUUGAAUAGAGAGCUGUUAAGAACCACACAAACACCAUUUAUGUGUCUCUUGGUCACCUGGGCUCUGUGCAGGACAGAAUGGAUCAGCAAGGGCAUGGACAGCCACAGGGAGGAGGUGUAGUCGGUAGUGCAGCUCAGCUGCAUUAUGGUACAAGCCAAUAUGAACCAAACCAAGUCACUGUGAACCCUAGUCGAGGGCCAGUAGUCACAUCUGUUGGGACUACACAAUCUCCUACUCAGCAAGUAGGUUCUCAUCUUGGGCAACACCAGCUUGCAUAUCAACAUAUUCACCAGCAGCAGCAAUUGCAGCAACAACUUCAGAAUUUUUGGGCAAGUCAAUACCAAGAAAUUGAGAAAGUUACUGACUUUAAGAACCACAGCCUUCCUUUGGCAAGGAUCAAGAAGAUCAUGAAGGCUGAUGAGGAUGUAAGAAUGAUAUCAGCUGAGGCACCAAUUGUAUUUGCAAGGGCAUGUGAGAUGUUUAUAUUGGAGUUGACUUUGCGAUCUUGGAAUCAUACAGAGGAAAACAAGAGGAGGACACUACAGAAAAAUGACAUUGCGGCAGCCAUCACAAGAACUGAUAUCUUUGAUUUCUUGGUUGACAUAGUGCCAAGAGAGGAUCUAAAAGACGAAGCGCUUGCAUCUAUCCCAAGAGGAACGGUGCCUGUUGGGGGGCCCACUGAUGCCUAUCCUUACUAUUAUAUGCCACCUCAACAUUCACCUCAAGCUGGAGCUCCAGGGAUGAUUAUGGGGAAACCUAUGAUGGAUCCUGCUUUGUAUGCUCCACAGACUCACCCCUACAUGGCUCAACCAAUGUGGCCACAGGCACCACAGCCACCACAAUCACCCUCAGAGUCUUAGUUGCUCUAGCAUAUGCAAUUGCUGGUAAGAACGAAUGGAGAGGCUUCAGUACUGGAACUUACACCGCAGGUAUGAGCUGAUGAAAAGAAGAGUGGUGUGUAAGACAACAUAAUGUUUAUACAACUGGUUUCCCUUUUGGCUUGUUAACUACCAGUAGUGAGGAGUACUUGGUUGAAAGCAUAGCUAGAAAUAGUAGUACUCAAGCAUGGUGCUUCUCUGCCUAUCCCAAAUGCUAAAAUCUCUUUAUGUAAUUCUCUAAUUUACUGGAUAAGAUUUGUUGCUUUAUCUUAGUAUAUCUUCUUGCUUGUCUUCUUUCAAAGUUGGUCCAUAA